AUACAAUUAAAGUAAUAAAUGAUUCCUUUAAAAGAAAUAUUUCAGAUAAGAAAACAGAUGAAUUUAAAAAACUUUUAGAUAAUAAUAGAAAAAAUUUAAUUCGACUUAAUAAUACAAUUGGAAAAAUUGCUCACCAUUUAACUAAUAUUAUUCAAGAAAAUGACAAAUCAAAAUUAGAUAUUAUUGUUAAUUUAAAUUUAAAAAAUAGAUUAAAAAAUAAAAAACUCAGAUUAUUUGAUAACAAAUACAAAAUUUUUGAAAUCGAUGAUAGUAUUUGGGAAGGCAAACCUUUUUCUAUGCCCGAUGAAAUAGAAAAGGCUAUAGUAUCACUUAAUAAUAAUUUUAAAAAAUUAAACGCUGAAUUAGAAACUCAAACCCAAAAUACUUUAUAA